UUUCUGUUUUUUCUUGGGGUUACAGGUUCAUUGAAAUAAUUGUUUUGUGGUGUUGUUGUUGGACAUUUGUUAAGGUUAUGGCUAGACAGUCAAACAGAGUCUUUGUUCCUUUUCAGCCUCUUUUGGAAAAGGUUGUUGCUUGGUUGCAGUUUCCAGCACCAGUCUAUGGAUUUAUAGAUGCUGCAAAGAAUAAUGUCUUUGUGCGGGUUAAUAAGCCAAACUUGCGUACAAAGUUCAUUUUUUAUGGUGGAGAUGCUAGCUCAGUUGAAGAGUCUCGUGAAAGAGCGGCGCACAAAGCUGUGAAGAGAUUGAUGUGUCGGUUUAGUGUGCGCGUGUCUGAUUUCACUUAUGUGCGCAUUAAGAUGUAUCGAUUAUGUGUGAAGUUGUAUAAGAAUAGAUGUACUGAGUUAGUCCAGGACAGAGAAGAUUUAAGUCGCAUACGUGUAGAAUGCAGUACAAGGGAGGAUGCAUUGUUUCAUGAUGUUCAUGUUUCAUUGGAUUUUGCACAGUUUUUGGGAGUUUUGGUUAGGAAGACUGGUUUUCUGUGACUGGCAUUGAAACCACUACAUUAGAAGGCCAUGGCUAUAUGUCUUGUUUAAUGGUGACCUGCCCUCAGAAUAAUAUUUCCAUGGAGUGCAUUUCCAAUGAGCCCUGUCGUGAAGUGUACAUUGCUGAGCAGCGAGUUGCAAAGAAAGCAAGUUUCUUUGUAGCUUCUAUUUGCAAUCUAGAAAUAGUUGAUGCUAACUAUGGUGCGGCAGCAAAGAUGAGUGGAGAGUGUUCUAUGAUAAGGGAGAAGUAUUUGGUUUUGAAGGGUCAUCUAGAGUGCUUGGCGAGCAGUUCAAAACAAGCUGAUUCUGUUAAUGGAUUAGGUAACGAUGUAUGUGUGACGCCGACUGAUGAAGAAAAUCAAAUUCAAGUUUUAUCUCUCCCACCAAGUCUUCCAGCUAAGCGCAGGAUUGAUAGGAGUGAGUCAUCGACCAGUGGUGUGGGAAUCCAGGUGCUUGACAACCUUGUUGGUGGUCUGUCUGAUUUAGAGGCUGUCUAUAAGUGUGCUAGGGUUGAGUAACUAUGUUUAGUAUGGCUAGCUGCCUUUUGGAUUUAGGUGAUUGAGGGUUUGUAAGUAGAUGGUAAUCUUUUGGUUGGGAUACAGUGACUUAAUAAGGCAGAUUUUAUCGAUUAUUAAUAGAUGUACGCAGCAUAUGUAAUAGAUGAUGUCCUGUAAUUGAAUCCUUUUGUUGUAAUGUUAUUUCUAUUUUGAAUGUACUGCCACUAUGGCUUCUUUUGAAUGAAUGCAGUUCUUUUGUGUU